AUGAUAUUUGUAUUGUCAAUAACCAUAUCAAAAAUAAAAACCUAUCCAGGGAAAAACUGCUCGACCCCACCCACCGUAAAUAACGCAGAUAUAGAGCCUGGAUACAACACGUUGUUCGAGUCCGAGUUGAACUACACGUGUCACAACGGGUACCAGUUUUCACCCGGAGUGAAGGAAAUGAUCAUCUCAUGCAAUGCCAGCGGCGUGUGGAACGUCACACCACCGCAUUGUACACUUAAAACCUGCCCAGCCGUUCAAACCAUACAGAACGGCGCCCCAGACACGACGGCCACCGCUGCCUUUACCACCGUCACAUACAGCUGUAAUACUGGCUACGAGUUCACGGAUAACGAGACGGUGAAAUACGUGACCUGCCAAAACGAUGCCACUUGGAACGAUACCGUCAGUGACUGCAGGAUAAAAGACUGUGUCACGGUGCCCACUAUACCCAAUGCUACUCCCUGGAGCAAUCCGACCACAACGUAUGGCUCUCUGAUUCGGUACACGUGUCUCGCCAACUACCACUUCUCCCCUGGGGUCUACUUUAUUUACAUCCAGUGUGGAAGCGACAAGCAGUGGUCUCCAGACCCGGCCACACUGACAGCAACUACUCUGGACUGCUCGGAUCCUCCGCCAUAUGUCGCCAAUGCUACAGUGAACUACACGACGGUGAAUUACGGGUCCGUUGCGAACUACACCUGCUUUGAUCGCUACAAGUUCCCAGACGGGAAUGACACUAAAACCGUGACGUGUGAUGGAAACGGACUAUGGACACCUGUCGUCCCUUCAUGUGAAAACGUCCUUGUACCAUGCCCCAAUAUAAUUGCCCCAAACUACACCACAUUGACGGGAGACAACUCAACGGAAGCUUUCUCCUGGGCUAUACUGACAUGCAACGAUGGCUACAGAUUUCCCACUGGAGAGAAAGUCCGAAUGAUGCAGUGUUUGAACAGCCUGUGGAAUGCCACUAUUGAACCUUGUCAAGUAAUGAGUUGUGGGCCUAUAACAAUCUACCCUAACAUGACAGUGGAAGGCACUGGGAACAUGUACGGAGACAGCCUGACGUACACGUGUGAAGUUAACGGCACUGUGUUCCCAGAGGGGACGACCAGUAGAAUAGUGCGGUGUGUGGAUGCCGGGUGGAGCCCUCGUUCUUUACCAGAGUGUCAAGGUCAGGCAGUCGUUAUUGUAGUCAAACCUCCCGAUCCCGUCCCGGUGGAAGCCGCGGUCGAAAUUGUCGUUGCCACAGCAACCGUACCUAUGGCACUCAUUGGUGGGUUUUUGACCUUUAUAGUGGCUCUUGACUUGGCUACACUCGCCAAACACGUUGCUAUCAUGAGAGAGAACUUGCAACAUUUUUUCAAUCGAAUCAAGGGAGAACCACCCCCUGAGAAGAAAAAGAAAAAGAAGCAGGCUGCCGAGACUCUCAAGUGUAAGCACUGUAAAGAGGAAGGUCACAGGAGUCGCGAUUGUCCUAUAUGUCGAUAUUGCAAGACGGACGAUCAUCAGACCAAGGAGUGUCCGCUUCUGAAUAAAUAUUGUGAUGUGUGCGGUUACCAUGGCCAUUUACCUGAAGAGUGUGACGACUCGGACGUGGAGCGUAUAAAAGAAGAAGAGGAGGAUGAAGAAGAGGAGGAAGAGGAAGUGCAAAGACGCCCCAGGCACAGAAAGAAAAGUUUCGACAGCGGGAUUGUGAACGAUUGGAAGGACUGGGAUCCAGGCGUCUCGGCUGAGGACAUUGAGGUCGCCUGUUUAAUGCCAGAGCUUCAACGGGACGACUUCAAAUUCAGACGAGCAUUGAGCUGCCCUCCGCGAAUGAAAAAGAUUCACGCACAAGAACUUAUGACUUUGACACCAAAAGAGGACACUAGUUUUGUGCCAAUAAUCGGACUAAAUGACGUGUAUAGAGCUCUGCUUUCUCCGACUGAGUUUGGACGAGAGCAUCGCAUUCAGUAUCAGCGUGGCGAAUAUGCAGUGUUUACUCCCUCGCAUACACCUCAACCUGAAGAUAUACGCGUACCCACCCCGGUGUACAGACCUUUCCUGACUCCCACUGAAUCCCCACCCCCGGGAUAUGCUAUCUACCCUGAUGAAUACGCCGCUGAUGCAGUGCCUAGUGACCAUGCCAACGUUAUAUUACACCACCUACCCCAGCCAACGCCGCCACCACCCAAAACGCCACCAUUUGUAUACACGAUGCGAGGACCGUAUCUUGAGCCAACAGAACAAUUGCCGGCGUAUUUGGACGUGGCAGAUCCUAAAAUUGACCGCUUAUUAUUUUCACCUGAUGAUUCUGCCAUGCCUGCAGAUCAGACAGACUACUUUGUCGCUCGGCCUGUGCGACCACCAUCUCCCGAGAAAGAUGAUGAUGAAUGGAGUAAUGCAACAGACCCUGAUGAGGUCUUGGAUGAGCUGAUAAGAUUAACAGAGGACAACGACCAGAGUGACAAACCCACAAAAGUGACUGUUGAUAUACCGUUACAUGCUAAUACAUUGAUAUCGUCAUCCGAAGUUGACCUUAAAGCAACAUCAAACGAGAAACCUGCUGGGUUUAUGAGUCCCACAACACCAGCUGAACAAGUUCCGCCUCUAGUUUUUCCAAGGAAAAAUCCCUUGGGGCAAGACGCACCACGCACCGAAACGUUAUUAACACCUACAGAGAAUGAGGCAAACACGGGGCGAGAGACUGCGGCAAGAGAUCAGAUAUUUACACCUAUGUAUGAAGGUGAGAUUAUUAAAGUAUCUGAGGAAAGCAUCGGGACACCUCAAAAAGAAGACAUAAUAAAUCUGAAACGCAGCGCAGUAAGUCUUACGCACAGUUACCAUCAAUCUGAACUCGAAUCUGUAGCAGACUUAAAAGAACCAGAACAGAGGCCGAAAUCUGCGACCACCAUUGCCGUAGAAGAACAGCGACAGAGACAAUGUAUCAGUCCAUCAGUAAGUCCCGUUCCAGCUCCUCGUGCGCGUUCAAACCCCGAAAUUAAGGCACCACUGGCUGACAUGUUACAUGACAGAAACAUUUUUACUCCCCUGUUCGAGAUCGACGCGUCACAGGUAAUCCCCGAAGGAGCCACAGAACCACGAAAUGUUUCGCGGAAUACCGAAUCUACUGCUAAUAAUCCUCUCAACACUUUGAUGGAGGAUGACCCCCUCUUAGGGCAGCGCUGUAUGAGUCCGUCUACGAUGCCGGGACCUCGGCCUUAUGAGCAUCACCCAGAUCCAUGGAAAGGUUUGUUUGGAAGCAGAAACAUAUUCACUCCUUUGCCUUUCACAGAUCCCACACAACGCAUUCCAGAAGGAGCAACAGAACCUAAAUGGAAAAGAGAAGUUAACGAUGCAAAAGUUGCCACGAAUGAGUUGGGUGUGACUGUGGAGUCGAAUGAUGUUACUCCCAAACCAGUUGCCGACCAAAAAUUAAAAGCAGAAAGGCAUCCCAGUGUGGAAAAGAUCCAAAGAAGUGAGGCUGAACCUCCACAGAAAAUACAACCAGAGGUGCCACCCACUACAACCAAGGUCGCUGAAAUUAAAGAACAGCCUGCAAAACAGCCUGACGCCACUGCCGCUUUGUUAGCAGUGGAGGAACUUAGAUAUAAUCUCUUUACGCCAUUGGAUAUGCCUGAUCCUUCACAAUUAAAACUGGAUAGAUUUCCGUCACUUCCAUCUGGAAGACCCGUAGUCAGUCCUACUUGGGAUUUGCCGGAGAGCGUUUUAAAGACCAGUAGAGAUCCAGAUGACCCUGACUUUCGUCCCGUGUUCACACCAUCAACCCUACAGCCUCAUCCAUCCCUCAUAAGAGGUCAGCGUGCUCGUAAGGUAGAUCCUCUUAAGCUGGAACGAUGUUUCAGCGCCAUGGGCGAUCUAGACCCGAACCAAGAUUCGAGACUGUAUAAAUACGAGAAAAAUCGGGCCCAACGUGUCGAUUCUCCAACCCCGAGUCUACCUCCAGCCGACACACCCCCAUCCAGCCCCACGCCAGAGAUGCCUCCUCCCGACUCCCCGGUACCUUUUGAAGGUCUGGACCCAAUGUCGUUGAUAGACCGUAUGAUUACACCUGCCGGAUACAACGAUCACACUAACGUGGAGUCAACGCCAAUGCGCAACAUCUUCACUCCGUUCUACGAUGAAGCGCAGGCUGUGAAACCUGAAGAUCCUCGCCUGAGGAAACCUCUUUCUAAAGUGAACGUCCCUGUACUACCGUUUACUCCACCCCCGACGGAGGCUGAUCCUCGCCAGCAGCUCGGAUUAUUUUCGCCCACUGAUCUUGACUAUGAUGUCGAUGAGCAAGGACGAAUUUCACCGGUGUCCGAAGCAUCUUUACCACUCUUUGAUGACGAUCCCGAUAGAGACGCCUUUCCGUGGGAGUUUGACGACAGUGCGCAAGUCUUUACGCCUACGGAGAUUGAAUCAAAUGUACCUUCAUCAGAGAGCAACGCCCUCCGGGCCAAUCUUCUAACUCCAAUGUGGGCUCUCGACCCGAACCAAAAAGUAAAAGAAGUCGUUGCGCCCACCAAAAUUAAAGAACUGGAAAACGCAGGAAUAAGACCUAUGAGUGUUAACGAAGAACACGCCGAUGUGCCACCCACACAUACAGAUACGAAAAUCAAUAAUAGACCGUCAUUGAUGACACCACUGUUUGAUGUGGAUCCCACGCAGCAGUGUAUCCCAGGGAGGUCAUUUUCUCCUGAGAAAAAUACGCCACGGAACCCAUUGAAGGCGCUUGUAUCCAGGCCAAUGAGUGCAUCUGAGACCCCACAAGGUAAUGGAAAUAAACCCUCCGUGAGAAGAGCCUUUAGUCCACUUAGCAUGGUUGAUAUCAAUCCCCAAUUUCGCACUGAGACGCCGCACGAGUGGCCCUAUGCCGACCAAGAACGCCCAGUUUUUACACCAUUUGCUGUUCAAGAUCCGACACAAAUGAUCAAAAAUCGCGGCAUGCUUGAGUGGAAUAUGGAGAAACCACAGCUCCAGCCACCAGACAGAUACCAGGCGGUCUUUUCACCCGAUAUAGUGCCGCCAUCAGAUCCCGAAGAACGGAUAAAGACACCGGAGGUUUAUGCGCCGUCUUACACCCCUCCUCCACGAGAAUUGCCGUCUUUCUUCACCCCGCCUGCAACGCCUGAACCCGUGAAAAAAGUAAACUGGGAAAAGGUGAAGGCAGACAUUUGGUUGAACAAAAUGAAGGCAGAAAACCAAACAGUUGCGGGAAAACAAAAAGCUUGGCUCAAUAAACUCAAAACAAAAUCUGAUUCGCAAGAUGACGAAUACAAGUUAACAUUAAAACCAGCCUCACAAGCGACGGGCUCACCGGCCAUUAUUGUACGCCCGUCUAGUCCAGUUAAAAGUAAAGACCAGUCUGCACAAAAUGUUAACCUACUCAGUGUGGACACUGCAAAAGCCGUCGCCGAAGAUGAAAUGAAACAAAAAAAGAAAGAACGAAAGAAACGAUUCAAAGAUCUGGCACAGAAGGCUGUAGAAGCUGAAGAUGCAGAACCUGCUCUCCCCGAUGACGAGGCAGGUGAGAGCGAGCAUAAGAAAAAGAAGAAAAAGAAAGACAAAAAGAAGAAACUGGAAGAUCUCGUAGAUGCUGCUGUCGAAAAGGAUAUUAGUGAUGAUACUACUGGAGAAAAGAAGAAAAAACACAAGAGCAAAAAGAGCAAGAAGCAAGAAACAGCAGAGCCUGAAGAAAAUCAACCAGACGUAGAAAGCGUGUCUAAAAAGAAAAAGAAAGAAAAAGCUAGUGACAGUCUUGAAAUAGCGGGAGCAGGUGCCCCUGAAGCGACAGACACCUUGACACUGCCUGCAACAAACGCCAUGGAGCUAAAAGUGCCGAGUACAAAUGACAAAAACGCUGUUACGGAGUCCAAAGCUCCGAACUCCCCAGGCCCUGAGAGGCCAGUUUCCACUGUACCCACCCUCCCGCCCUUAUCGCCCGUACCACAGUCCAUGGUACACAGCGGAGCCCCGAAUGCUACCAGCUUAUCUACUGCUCCCUCAGUGGCCGUGGAUAUUGAUGCCGUCAUUGAAAAUACUGGAGAAUCAGAAGUGAAAGAAAAGAAAAAGAAGAAGAAAAAGGAUAAGGAAAAAGAGAAAGAUGAACCCGUGGACCCAGAGAAAAAGGAAGAUCCAACUCCAAGUGAUUCUGUCAUUGUGAACAUUGAUGGCGAUAACGUGGGUGAGACGAAGACAAAGGAAAAGAAAAAGAAAAAAGACAAGGAUAACGAUCAAGUGGUUAUUGAUAUGCCCGACGAUGAAGUACAAGGAAGUACUGGAUUCGCCGCAGCUUUGGGGGCAGUCGUGAAACUAAAGAAGAAAAAGAAGAAGAAAAAGCGAGGGGACGAGACGGAGGCUGAAGACAAUUUGGAAACAGAGGACGAUUCUGGGAAAAAAAGGAAAAAGAAGAAAAAGAAAAGUAAAGAAAAUGACGACGAGGUCCUGACAGAGGAAGGUACCAUUGAUAAUGACGACAGCAGUAAAGGGAAAGACAAAGAAGCGAAACCAGAAACUUCCAGUGACGAGCCUUCUCCCUUAGGUGACAGUAAGCAAGACUCUGGCAAUGGUGAAAAUAAUGGCGACGUGUCCGCAGGAGUUCAGGUAGAAAACGAAGUGACCGAAAAGAAGAAAAAGAAGAAGAAAAAGGAAAAAGAAAAGGAGGAUGAAGCAAAAGAAACUGAAGAGGCUGCCGCUAACCCACCGGAUGACACAGUUGAAGUCGUUAAUGAAGAAGAUGGCAAGAAAAAGAAAAAGAAGAAAAAGAGAGAGAAGGACAAAGAAAACGAAGAAGAGCCAGCCUCCAAUGAGACCCCUAGCCAGGCAAUUGUCAAUGAUGCAGAGCCUGAUGGAGAGAAGAAGAAGAAAAAGAAAAAGAAAAGUAAGAAUAAGGAAAGUGAAGAUGGCGGCAACGUGGAUGAGAAUGUUUAAAUGGAAAACAGUGGUUCGUGAUGCCAGGCGAAUGAAGAGAAAGUAAAUAAUAAUUGGAAUAAACACUGAAUAUGACGGUGGACUACCGUUGAUAAAAACGAGAAAAUUGAGCGACAAUUACAUGACAUUUUACCAGUACAGGUCUGCCGGAGAUCCAUCUGAUCUCUCAGUCCACAAGAUUAUUUUUAUAUACACGUGAAUUAUUUGUACAAAUUAUGAAUGUAUUGAAGUAACUUUUAUUUCAAAAUAUCGUAUACCUUACUCGCACAACGUAUCGUUGUAUCGUCUGUGGCCUUGUGAAUAGUUAAGCAGUUGAAUAUCAGGCAUACACGUAAAUCCUUUUAAGUCAAGGAAACUGUGAUAAAUUUGUUAUUCUGUGUUUGUGUGUUAAAUUGAUGUGAC